AUGCCAAUUGAUCUAGGCUUAUCGAGAAUAACGAGUUUAUUGAAACAUCUUAACAAUCCUCAUAUCAAUGCCUUCAAAUCAAUUCAUAUAGCAGGGACAAACGGUAAAGGCUCAACCAUAGCCUAUCUUUCAUCCAUAUUGACUCAUUCAAAAAUACGAAAUGGAAGAUUCACCUCCCCUCAUAUGUUAUAUUAUAAUGAUUGUAUAUCGAUCAAUAAUGAAGUCUAUCCUCGAGAUAAAUUCAAUAAAAUAAAUGAUUUCAUAUUGGAACAGAAUAAAAUCUUACAAUUGGGAUGUACCGAAUUUGAAUUAUUAACGGUAACGGCAUUUAAGAUUUUUGAAUUGGAAAAGAUUGAAAUUGCGAUCAUUGAAGUAGGAUUAGGUGGAAGAUUGGAUGCUACGAAUGUAUUAGAACCAUUUGAUCCUAAAGCAGAGUAUAAUGGUGGGGUGAUUGCUACUGGUAUAACUAAGAUUGGUUUUGAUCAUGAGAAUUUAUUAGGAAAUACCUUAUCUGCCAUUGCAUUUGAAAAAGCAGGGAUUAUUAAAGCAAAUAUACCUUGUGUAGUGGAUAGAUCUAAUGACGAUGAAGUUUUGCAAGUAAUCAAGAAGAAGGCUCAACUGGAAAGUUCUCAAGUUCAUUUAGUGGAUGGUGCAAGUGAGUCGAUUCCUCCUCCUCAAUUACCUCAAUUCCAAUAUGAAAUUGGAUCUGAAGUAAUCAAAUCUUCACCACUAAGAGGGGAAUAUCAAUUACAAAACUUAAGUAUCGCUUUAAAGAUCAUUGAAUUGUUAAAUAUAUCCAAAUACGUCAAUAUUUCAAUCGAUCAAAUUAAACAAGGUAUAUCGCAAACAUCAUGGCCUGGAAGAUUACAAGAGAUCAAUAUCCCAAAAUUAAACCUUUCUGUCUUAUUAGAUGGUGCUCAUAAUGAAAGUGCAGCCAUUGAACUUGGAAAGUACUUGGAUUUACAAAGAUCACAGAAUAAAGAUAAUGAAACUGGAAUCAUUUUCAUUAUUGCCAUGACGUCAGGUAAGAAAAUCGAUACUGUAUUAAGUCCAAUAGUACAUAAAGAGAAAGAUACGAUUAUAGUGACUACUUUCACUCAACCUGAACAAAUGCCAUGGAUUCAUAGUUAUGAUAUUAAAUAUUUACAAAAUGAAGCAUCACAAUUCGUUAAUGAUGUUGAUCCAAUUAUAGAAAAUGACAUUUCAAAUAUCUUAACCCAUAUCGUAUCGAAGUAUAGAGAUAAUGGCGAUAAGAGACCGGUGGUUAUUUGUGGUAGUUUAUACUUAUGUGGAGAUGUGCUUCGAUAUGUGGAUUCUCCUCCUUCGUAA